GGUGGUGGUGGUGGUGGAAACAGGCCUAGCGGUGGUAAUAGACCAAGUGGUGGUAAUAGACCAAACAGGCGACCAACAGGGGGCAAUAGAAGACCAAGCAACGGUAAUAGACGUCCAAAUAGAAGACCAAGUAGUGGUGGCAAUAGGCGCCCAAGCUCAAGUAAUAGAAGGCCUUCCAAUAGCAGAAGACCCAACUCAGGUGGUAAUAGAAGGCCAGGCAGAAGACCUAGCGGAGGUAAUAGAAGACCACAAAGAGGUUAACAUUACUGAUAUUUCAAAGGCUUUAUCAACAGUUCAUGUCAUUACAAUAUUCGAAAAUUAAUAAAAUUAACAAGAAAUAAAAUGUGAA